CGCAAUUCGUAAUCUAAUCAAACAGUCCACUAACACCGAACUUCAAAAUGUAGAUCAUGAACCUCGCUCAGAUCUCUCUCUCUCAAACUUCUGAUCUAUACACAAACCUCACUCUCCCUUCACCUCGAAACGAAAACCUCCUUAUCCUCACUCAACUCUGGCGAUCGCUUAAACAAUGCGCAAUUCCUCUUAAUCAACGGCCUCUAUUCUCAGAUCUAAGGUUUUGAGCUUUCAGAUUGGGAAGGAACAAUGUUGACGAAGUUUGAAACGAAAAGUAACCGAGUUAAGGGACUGAGUUUCCAUAGCAAGAGGCCAUGGAUCUUGGCGAGUCUUCAUAGCGGUGUCAUCCAGCUAUGGGACUAUCGCAUGGGGACUCUAAUUGAUCGUUUCGAGGAGCACGAUGGACCUGUUCGUGGUGUGCAUUUCCACAAGUCUCAGCCACUCUUCGUCUCUGGAGGUCUAGAAUCUGCUUCACUGCUACUCUUUGAUCACUCGAUCAAUUACCAACUUUUUUCCCCGUUUAUAUCAUAUAGCGCUCUAGAAUGUGUCUGUUGAUCCUUGUCGAUGAAAUUCAUGACCGUUAUGUAUAGGAUUCCGUGCGGCCUCUCCGCCUCUGUUUGGUUGUUCAGAAAAUGUAAAGAAGGCAAUUAAAAAAAAUAUAAACUGCAUUUGAAUACUGAUGUGAGUCAAAAUACGUAAAGCAUAAUAUGCAGAAUGUAUGGGGGAAAAUCCUGACCGGUGCAGAAAAUCGGCACCUGUCAGGCUAGAGCUAGAUCACAUAAAGCGGGGUGGGAGCGGUAGAUCAAACGAAUCAAUAUUCAAAAA